AUUACUUUUCGCGAGGUGCGGUUGGGGAUUCUCACGUUGAUGGUUGCAAGGGGAGUAGUUCGUGUUCCUAGAGAGUGAAACUGUUCUAGGGAAGGAAAGUGUUGGAGUAACCAACCGUAGACUUCAUAAAGGCGCAAACAAGAGAGGGUAGUUUUGAAACACAGAACGGGUCUGAUUUUUUUCUCUUGGAUAGGAGAGCGGACUUAAGUUUUCAUCAUGCCGGUUUUUCACACUAAAACGAUAGAAAGUAUCCUAGAGCCGGUGGCUCAGCAGAUAUCCCAUCUGGUGAUAAUGCACGAAGAAGGUGAGGUGGACGGGAAAGCUAUCCCGGAUCUCACCGCACCCGUAGCUGCCGUGCAGGCGGCUGUCAGCAACCUGGUUCGGGUGGGGAAAGACACUGUCCAGACUACGGAGGACCAGAUAAUGAAGAGAGAUAUGCCUCCAGCUUUCAUCAAGGUGGAGACUGCAUGCACCAAGCUGGUGCAGGCAGCAUCUAUGUUGAAAGCAGACCCUUACUCCGUCCCCGCUCGAGAUUACCUCAUCGACGGCUCCCGGGGCAUCCUCUCUGGCACAUCGGACCUGCUGCUGACCUUCGACGAGGCUGAGGUUCGUAAAAUCAUUCGCGUCUGCAAAGGUAUCCUGGAGUACCUAACCGUGGCAGAGGUAGUGGAAUCUAUGGAGGACCUGAUUACAUACACAAAGAACCUGGGUCCAGGGAUGACAAAGAUGGCAAAGAUGAUUGACGAGCGACAGCAGGAGCUGACCCACCAGGAACACCGCGUGAUGCUGGUCAACUCCAUGAACACAGUCAAAGAGCUGCUCCCUGUACUCAUCUCAGGUAUCAAGAUCUUUGUGACGACCAAGACGUCCGGCAGCCAGGGAGUAGAGGAGUCUCUGAAGAACAGGAACUUCACCUUUGAAAAGAUGAGCGCUGAGAUCAACGAGAUCAUUAGGGUGCUGCAGCUCACUUCCUGGGACGAAGACUCCUGGGCCAAUAAGGAUACAGAGGCCAUGAAGAGAGCUCUGGCACUCAUCAACUCUAAGAUGACCCAGGCCAAGAGCUGGCUGGGGGAUCCCAAAGCCCAACAAGGGGAUGCAGGAGAACAGGCCAUCCGUCAGAUCCUGGAUGAGGCUGGGAAGGUGGGAGAGCUGUGUGCUGGGAAGGAGCGGAGGGAUAUCCUGGGCACUGCCAAAACCCUGGGCCAGAUCACUGACCAGGUGUCUGAGAUGAGGGCCAGGGGUCAGGGGGCAUCUCCUGCAGCCAUGCAGAAGGCCCAACAGGUCUCCCAGGGCCUGGACAUUCUCACGGGAAAGGUGGAAAAUGCAGCCCGGAAAUUGGAGGCCAUGACCAACUCCAAACAGGUCAUCGCCAAGAAGAUCGACGCUGCUCAGAACUGGCUCGCAGACCCCAACGGUGGUCCUGAGGGAGAAGAGAACAUCCGAGCCCUCCUGACUGAGGCCAAGAAGAUCGCUGACAUGUGUGAAGACCCCAAGGAGAGAGAUGACAUCCUGAGGUCCAUCGGAGAGAUGGCUGCUCUCACCGCCAAGCUCUCUGAGCUCCGGAGACAGGGUAGAGGAGAUACUCCGGAGGCCAGGGCAUUGGCCAAACAGAUAGCCACGGCUCUGCAGAACCUGCAGUCGAAGACCAACAAGGCUGUAGCCAACAGCAGGCCCGCUAAGGCAGCAGUCCACCUGGAAGGGAAGAUAGAACAGGCCCAGAGCUGGAUGGAGAACCCUACCAUUGAUGACGGUGGAGUGGGCCAGGCAGCUAUCCGGGGUCUGGUGGCAGAGGGUCGUCGUCUGGCUAACGCCCUGCCAGGUCCCUAUAGACAGGAGCUGCUGGGGAAGUGUGAGCAGGUGGAACAGUUGAUGGCCCAGCUAGCCAACCUGGCUGCCAGGGGCGAGGGAGAGUCGCCACAAGCACGUGCCGUGGCUCAGCAGCUCCAGGAGACCCUGAAGGACCUCAAAGAAAAAAUGCAGGAAGCUAUGACUCACGAAGUGUCGGACAUCUUCAGCGACACGACCACUCCCAUCAAACUACUCGCUGUGGCCUCCACCGCCCCGUCCGAUGCCCCUAACAGGGACGAGGUGUUUGACGAAAGGGCGGCCAACUUUGAGAACCAUGCCAACAAGCUGGGUGCCACGGCAGAAAAGGCUGCCGCUGUAGGAACAGCUAACAAGAGCACUGUGGAGGGGAUCCAAGCUGCCGUCAAGUCUACAAGGGACCUGACACCACAGGUAGUCUCUGCAGCCCGUAUCCUUCUGAGAAACCCAGGCAACCAGGCUGCAUACGAGCACUUUGAGACCAUGAAGAACCAGUGGAUUGACAAUGUGGAGAAAAUGACAGGUUUGGUGGACGAGGCCAUAGACACCAAGUCUCUGUUGAAUGCCUCUGAGGAGGCCAUUAAGAAAGACCUGGAUAAGUGUCGUGUGGCCAUGGCUAACCACCAGCCCCAGAUGUUAGUGGCAGGGGCAACUAGCAUCGCCCGGCGGGCCAACCGGAUCCUCCUGGUGGCGAAACGGGAGGUGGAGAACUCUGAGGAUCCUAAGUUCAGAGAGAUAGUGAAGGCUGCAUCUGAUGAGCUCAGCCGGACUAUCUCUCCCAUGGUGAUGGACGCCAAGGCUGUGGCUGGGAACAUCACAGAUCCAAGUCUGCAGAAGGGCUUCCUGGACUCAGGCUAUCGAAUCCUGGGUGCCGUUGCCAUUGUGAGAGAUGCGUUCCAGCCACAGGAACCAGACUUCCCACCACCACCUCCUGAUCUGCAUCAGCUGCACGUCAGCGACGAGCCCGCCCCACCCAAACCCCCUCUCCCCGAGGGUGAGGUUCCUCCCCCCAGACCCCCUCCCCCAGAGGAGAAGGACGAGGACUUCCCAGAGCAGGUGUUGGGAGAGAUGGUGAGCGAGCCCAUGAUGAUGGCCGCCAGGCAGCUCCACGAGGAGGCCCGCAAGUGGUCUAGCAAGGGUAACGAUAUCAUCGGUGCAGCCAAGAGAAUGGCCCUGCUCAUGGCUGAGAUGUCCCGUCUGGUGCGCGGUGGCAGCGGGAACAAGCGUGCCCUCAUCCAGUGUGCCAAAGACAUCGCCAAGGCCUCAGACGAGGUCACGAGGCUGGCCAAGGAGGUGGCCAAGCAGUGCACAGACAAACGCAUCCGGACCAACCUGCUCCAGGUGUGUGAGCGGAUCCCCACCAUUAGCACACAGCUCAAGAUCCUCUCCACAGUCAAGGCCACCAUGUUGGGUCGUACCAACAUCAGCGAGGAGGAGUCAGAGCAGGCCACAGAGAUGUUGGUUCACAAUGCCCAGAACCUGAUGCAGUCUGUGAAGGAGACGGUAAGAGAGGCUGAGGCUGCCUCCAUCAAGAUCCGGACAGAUGCAGGCUUGACUCUCCACUGGAUCCGUAAGACACCCUGGUACCAAUAAGAAGAGACGGGCCAACUGUCUGUUCAACUACGUCCCAAAUGGCACUCUAUUCCCUAUGUAGGGCACUACUUUUGACUUUGGCUUAUGUCUGGUUAAAAGUAGUGUACUAAAUAGGGAAUACAGUAGGUUGCCAUUUGGGACACGGAUUAUUCUGUUCCUCUGCUCAAGGCCCAGCUUGUUAAGAAGAAAAAAACAUCCAGACCCUUUGAGCAAUAGAUUUGAUGGACACAUACAUACUAAUUCCAAGCUACAAUGAAUGAAAACCCUGCCUGGUUGGGGUAAAAAGAGUGAGUUAAUACUGAAUACACUAUUUAUCAGUCAAUGUCAAUCCCAUACCUGCCUGUAAAUGGUGUUUUUAGACUUCCUAGGUUUGUGUGUGUGUGUGUUAGAGGUUUGCUUUUCUUAUCCAGUAAGAUUAAAGGAGUACUAUUACCAGUCUCAUUUAAACAUACAGUAGCCCCAAAUCUAAGUAAAAAUUUGAACAUUAUUAAGAUUUGUCUUGGAAAACGUUUGUAUGUCUUUAUACUGGUUCUUUAUUUCACUAUCUGCAUUGUGCAGUCGUUCACUGUUGCUAGGACAAAGCACAUCCAACUCAAUGGGAGUUGGUUCGAGCAUAUCGUUAUGCUGAGCUCUACACGCAAAUAUAUAUGAUUCUGUGGUUAUUAUGUCUGUUUACACUAUGUUCUAGAAACUGAAAAAUAAACACUAUUCCCUGUUCCAUAUUUGUAUUACAGUUGAAGUCGGAAGUUUACAUACGCCUAGGUUUGAGUCAUUAAAACUUGUUUUUUAACCACUCCUCAAAUUUCUUGUUAACAAACUAUAGUUUUGGCAAGUCGGUUAGGACAUCUACUUUGUGCAUGACACAAGUCAUUUUUCCAACAAUUGUUUACAGACAGAUAAAUUCACUUAAGUCACUUUAUCACAAUUCCAGUGGGUCAGAAGUUUACAUACAGUGAGUUGACUGCGCCUUUUAAACAGCUUGGAAAAUUCCAGAAAAUUAUGUCAUGGCUUCUGAUAGGCUAAUUGACACCCAUUUGUGUCAAAUGCAUGUAUACCUGUGGAUGUAUUUCAAGGCCUCCCUUCAAAUUCAGUGCCUCUUUGCUUGACAUCAUGGGAAAAUCGGCCAAGACCUCAGCAAAUAAAUUGUACACCUCCACAAGUCUGGUUCAUCCUUGGGAGCAAUUUCCAAAUGCCUGAAGGUACCACGUCUGUACAAACUAUAGUACGCAAGUAUAAACACCAUGGGACCAUGCAGCCGUCAUAUCGCUCAGGAAGGAGACGCAUUCUGUCUCCUAGAGAUGAACGUACUUUGGUGCGAAAAGUGCAAAUCAAUCCCAGAACAACAGCAAAGGACCUUGUGAAGAUGCUUGAGGAAACCGGUACAAAAGUAUCUAUAUCCACAGUAAAACGAGUGCUAUAAUGACAUAACCUGAAAGGCCGCUCAGCAAGGAAGAAGCCACUGCUCCAAAACCGCCAUAAAAAGUCAGACUAUGGUUUGCAACUGCACAUGGGGACACAUGAUACUUUUUGCCUAUUCCCUUUGGAUUUAUUAAACAUCUUAAACUCCAACCAUCUGCCUCCUGUGUCUGCAUUUGGGUCUUGCCUAGUGUCAUGAUAGUACAAACUGGCCAUGACAGACCCAGCAGACUUGGGCCAUGUCUGCAGCAGACGUGGGCCAUGUCUGCCACACUGUCUCCCUACAGGGAGCCACCAUUGGGACACAUCAGGAGUUACUUUUUGGAGAAAUGUCCUCUGGUCUGAUGAAACAAAAAUAGAAGUGCUUGGCCAUAAUGACCAUUGUUAUGUUUGGAGGAAAAGCGGGGAGGCUUGCAAGCCGAAGAACAUCAUCCCAACCGUGAAGCACAGGGGUGGCAGCAUCAUGUUGUGGAGGUGCUUUGCUGCAGGAGGGACUGGUGCACUUCACAAAAUAGAUGGCUGAAUGAGGGAGGAUGUUAUGUGGAUAUACAAAUUAUGUGGAUAUAUUGAAGCAAAUUCUCAAGACAUCAGUCAGGAAGUUAAAGCUUGGUUGCAAAUGGGUCUUCCAAAUGGACAAUGACCCCAAGCAUACUUCCAAAGUUGUGGCAAAAUGGCUUAAGGACAACAAAGUCAAGGUAUUGGAGUGUCCAUCACAAAGCCCUGACCUCAAUCAAAUAGAAGAUUUGUGGGCAGAACUGAAAAAGCAUGUGCGAGCAAGGAGGCUUACAAACCUGACUCAGUUACACCAACUCUGUCAGGAGAAAUGGGCCAAAAUUCACCCAACUUAUUGUGGGAAGCUUGUGGAAGGCUACCCAAGUUAAACAAUUGAAAGGCAAUGCUACCAAAUACUAAUUGAGUGUAUAUAAACUUCUAACCCACUGGGAAUGUGAUGAAUGAAACAAAAGCUGAAAUAAAUCAUUCUCUCUACCAUUAUUCUGACAUUUCACAUUCUUAAAAUAAAGUGGUGUUCCUAACUGACCUAAGACAGGGAUUUUUUACUCUGAUAAAAUGUCAGGAAUUGUGAAAGACUGAGUUUAAAUGUAUUUGGCUAAGGUGUAUGUAAACGUCCGACUUCAACUGUAGAUAGUGAGUUGGGUUUUGUAGCAAUGUUUUAUUUUUUUUUGUAUUGUCAAGACUGUCAGAGUUUAUGCUAGCCUGGUCCCAAAUCUGUUUGUGCUCUUUGCACCGGAGUUGGCGUGAUAACACUAAACAGACUAGCACUCAGGCUAAGUUUGUUCCACCAUUAACUUUUUAAAUAUAUUUUUUUUAUGUUUUGAGGUUUAUUAUAUCUGCGCUGUUGGAAAACAUAAGGGCUAGAUCUUCAGACACAUUGCAUAGAGAAUGUCUUAUUAACUUAUAAUGUUUACAACCAUUUAGCGUACAAAAGAGUUGACGAUUGAAAUUAAAUAUCCAUUAAGAUGACAUGCAUUCAACUCUGUCAGUUUCUGGACUAGCUUGAUUUUUCACCACGUUGCAUUGAGAUUACAUGUAGACCUUAGGUCUCCCUCUGGUCUGGCCCUCUAUACUUUGCACUUCUCAGAGAAACUAUAGCAAGCCAGUCUCCAUGUUUUAGCUUGACUAGAGGCCAACUGUACUGUAAUGUUUAAACUGUGUCUUGACAUAACGUGGUGUGUAGUUUGUGGGCUAGCUUCUGAUUACUGUAUUAAGCCGAGUACUUGACUAAGCUGACACUAUGUCCAAGUAGUCUCUCGUCCGUGAGACUACCAGUGUGUUUAAGUUCAAUGCAUCACAUGAAACUGGUGUUGAAAUAUCAGCCUUCUCUUCCUCUUAUAUCUUCGAACUACACUAAACUAACCCUUACAGUUGCUAACACAGCUGGUACAAACGGUUGGACGUUUUUUUUUUUGUGUGUGUGUGUCUGAAUAAGACCAGCGCAGUUUGAAUGUGUAGAUGAAGAUACUGAGACCCUACAAAACCAUCUGAUGUGCCUUGUAAUAAAAAGACUGAUUGCAAUAAAAAAAACAAUUAAUUUACAGGAAAUUAUGUUUUGUAUCUACUUUGUAGUAAGCGCUACUCAAGGCAUUAUAAUUCUGUUCAGACACAUUUUUGUGAUAUUUAUAAGAUGGGUACAAAGUGAAAUAUGAUAUUAGAGUCAAGUACUGCUUUUUGGUAUUGUUCACAUUAUUUUGUAAUAAAGCAUUUAAGAC